AGUGGACUGACUGUGGCGAGUCAUGGAGCCUGGGUGGAAUUGCAGCUUUGACUGUGAUUCCCCACUGUGCCUCGGCCACUCGGGGGUUCACAAGCAGGAGAGCAUGGAGAUGUUGCAGGGACUGUGCAGCCUCAGUAGGAUGGCCGUGGAUUCCCCGAGACACUCGCUCUCCCCGGUGUUGAGCGCCAUAGUGUGGACGCUGCUCUCCAGUGGCAUCCUACUGGCUUUCUGCUUCCUGCUCUUCACCCUGCGCUUCAAAAACAACAGGAUAGUAAAGAUGUCCAGUCCUAACCUAAAUGUCCUGAGUCUCUUUGGAAGUGUCCUCACCUACAGCAGCGGCUUCAUGUUUGCCGUGGACUCGCACCCUCAGAUGGACGCGAGAGCUGUACUACAUGCUCGAGUGUGGACCCUCUGUCUCGGCAGCACCAUGGUGUUUGGACCCAUUUUAGGAAAAACAUGGCGGCUGUACAGAGUGUUCACCCAAAGAGCGCCCGACAAGAGAGUGAUCAUCCGAGACAUUCAGCUAAUGGCCAUGGUGGCUCUCUUGAUCCUGGUGGACCUGUUGAUCCUGACUGCCUGGAACCUCUCGGACCCCAUCCGCUGUUCACGCUCGCUCAAUGCAGUCGUUAAGAUGGUGGGGAAGGAAAUCUCCUAUUCUUUGUCUCGGCUCGAUUCCUGCUCUUCUGCGUACUCGGAUUUGUGGGUUAUCAUUAUUGUUGUUAAAAAGGGGUGUCUCCUGCUCUACGGCACAUAUCUGGCCGGCCUGACCAGCAACGUCAGCCACCCUCCAGUCAACCAGUCUCCCACCAUCCUCACCGCCGUCACUUUGGUCACCCUCUGUGCCGGUGUGGCCGUCCCGGUGUCCGUCCUGAUGCCGUCUUGGCCCAACGUGGUCUACAGCACGGUGGCCGGUGCCAUUUUCAUUUGCACGCUGGCUACCAACUGCAUGCUCUUUGUGCCCCAGCUGACCGAGUGGAGGCAUUUUGAGGAGGACCACAACAACUCGAGUCAGAUGGCCAAGUACUUCAGCAGCCCUAGUAAGAGUCAGCCUUCAAUCUACAGCCAGGAAGAUGUCUACUUUCUUCUCGGGGAGAACAACUCCAUGAAGAAGCUUCUCAACGAGAAAAAUGCCGUGAUUGACAGCUUGCAAGAGCAGGUUAGCAACGCCAAAGACAAACUUCUGCGUUUGGUGUCAGCUAGCCAAAUGUUAGAGGAGCCAGAGGUGGACAACCCCCAGUCCUCCUCCACUCAGACCACAGAACUUGAGUCCUGUCAACUUCCAGCUCUACCUCAUAGCGACGUCAAGUCCAGACUCUCAGGCCUGCCACCUGUCUCCCAUCGUCUCAUCGAUGCUCCCUCGUCAUCUGGUGGUUCGGGAUUUUAUGAUCGUCCCCCUUUAUCGUGUUCUGUAACUCCCACUGCUGCCCCAUCUCCUUUUUCUGGUGGAUUGGAUGCAGACACGUGUGAGUCCGUAGCAGAGGACCCACUCCAGUCUUCUGGAUUUCAUAGGACAGCAGAGGAGACGGCUGACUUUGUCACCGCCUUACAAUCCCCCAGACUUUUGAACCCUUUUGAGGUUGAAACUUUAAGCAAUGGGCCAAGAUCCCCCUUGGGACCAAACGCCAGACCAGCUGGUUUCGUUAGUAGCGAUAAGUUGCAGGAGAUCCUCCAAGAACUCAGUGUGGAUACGGUCUUGGAAACUGUUCUAAAAUCUGCAAAGAGGCCUUCGCAAAGCAAAUUUAAUGAGGACUCCUCACUUUCACCCCUCUCUCCGCGGACACCGCGUUCCCCCAAAUGUCCUUUAGUUUUUCACUACCCCAGCAUCUCCCCCUACGCCAUGAGGAAACGUCGACCGCCCUUCCGCUCGCCCAGACGUAGUUAUACGCCACCGUGCCUUCACGAAAAGAGGCGGAUGAGGGAUGUCUGUCAGAAUCGAAAGAAACACCUGGAGGACAGCACCAUAGUGAUAGUAGAUAGUUCCAUCCUCCCGGUUCCCAGCUGUGACCUUGACUUACAAGAUGAAGAAGUGGGAAGUAUGGCAUCAAGGCUUCCUGGGGGUUCUCCAGAGGACGUGGAUGAAUCUGACAUAGGGAUGGGCUGCGACAUCCAGGAGCACGCCCCCAGAAACAGCGCGGACCCCCGCGAGUAUUGUGAUUCGGACUCAAGCAGCUCCACAGACUAUCACUUCUACCACCGACCCUAUUGCGACUCCUGCUUGCAGCGAGGCUCGUUGCUGUCCUCGGAUUCCUCAGACUCCUCGGACAGCGAGUACGAAGGUUACGACUUCUACCGCUCUGCACAUCCGGUGGUGUUCAAGGAAGACCUCAAACCCACGUUUGUGUAAAGACAAGCAGGUUUUUCACUGAAUUCACAAGAUUAGACGUAAUGAAGCUCAUCUGCAUUUAAUGUAAUCUCAUUGAAUGCUUUUGACAGCAUUUUACAGAGAUUUGCCUGAAAUCAUGUAUGACGCUCUCGUGUCUUGCUAGAUUACAAAAUGUUUUGAUACAUGCUUUGGUUUCUAUUUCUCCGUUUUGGAACACUAAGCCCAUGAAACUAAAUCAGUAAGUUUGCCCGCUUGAGUAAAUGGCUUUUUUUUUUUUUUUUAAUUCACAUGGGGCUAAAGAACACAAGUCCCAGUGACCCUCAAACACUCGGCUGAUCUUACGUAAGCCUCCUCUGCAUGAAGAGAUCAACACUAAGUGUACAAACUGCCAGGAGGCAGAAACCAAACUGCGUUUCUAUGCCUCUUUGCUCUUUGCCUUGUUACACUGUAAUCAUUUGUUUUUUUAUAUAUUUAAUAAAUAUAAAAAUAU